AUGGUCUGCCAUCCAGAAAACCCCCUCCCACACAUCCACCGCUACAUAACAACCCACAGCACAGAAGGCGAAGCAGUAUUCGUCUCCCAUGCCCAAGUACCAGACUACAUGCCAAGUACACCAUCCGGAACCGACGGAGAAAUCGCACUAUUAUACUCCACAACCUCUACGCCAGAAAAUACAUCCGACGAAUGCGAUAUUGCAAUGUAUGACGAAUUCCUUCACCAGCCGCCCGGCAUAACCGUUGAGAAUGGAACUGUGUUUCGAAUGAUUGAUCUUCGGCCUGGAAAGGCGACGCCGAUGCAUAGGACUGUUAGUCUUGAUUAUGCGAUUUUGUUGGAGGGCUGUGUUGAUCUUGUGUUGGAUUCGGGGGAGAGUAGACGGUUGGGGAGGGGGGAUGUUGUUGUUCAGAGGGGGACGGCGCAUUCUUUUAGGAAUGUUGAUACGGAUAGGUGGUGUCGGUUGCUUUUUUUGGUUGUUAAGGGGAGAGAAUUGGAGGCUGAGGUUUAUGAUGAGGGGUUUGAUAAGUCGGACGGGGAGGGGGAAGGAGGGGGGGAUGGCUGUGAUGAGGGAGGCGGGGGAGAUGGAGGAGACAGGGGUGGGGAGUGA